CGCUAUUAUUCCAACUACUACAAAUUUAAGCUGUAGCACUCUUGCCAUGACAAUAAAGAGGAGCAGAGAAACAGUGGAGACACUAGCCAUGGCUAAUUGUGUGGAUAUCUUAGAGAAGAAUAGUUCACUAGCACGUCGAUUUUUCGAGUGCAAGACUUGUAAGAAGCAGUUUGAAUCCUUUCAAGCCUUGGGUGGCCAUAGAGCAAGUCACAAGAAACCAAAACUCAUAACAGCCGCAGAUCCAAUUAAAUCUAAGAUGAAGAAGCAUGAAUGCUCUUAUUGUGGCGAAGUAUUUUCUCUUGGACAAGCUUUGGGUGGACACAUGAGAAAGCACCGCGAUAAAUUCGGUCAUCAACUGCAGAAACCAAAGCUGGAAGAUACUUAUGAAUCUGCUGAAGUUGUAGAGGCAGAGAAAAAGAAUUCGGGUAGUAAAAAGAAUUUGUUCUUAGAUUUGAAUUUGACACCAUAUGAGAAUGAUUUGAUGUUGGGAAUUAUCCCGUUUACGGUAGUUCAUUCUUUGUUUAUUCCAGUAACAUUAUAUUUUAUUCAAAGGAUUCAAAUCUUCAUCGUGACGGCAAUGAAAAGAAGCAGAGAUUACAAGGGUGAAGUGGAAGCACAAGCUAUGGCUAACUGCUUAAUCCUUUUAUCAUCCAAAGAUCAAGAUCGUCGUAAUUCAUUUGAAUGCAAGACGUGCAAAAAACGAUUCUCAUCUUUUCAAGCACUUGGUGGCCACCGAACGAGUCAUAAAUCUCUGAAAUCAUCGAUAGACUCUGGAAAGUUUCUUCAUGGCAAUAACAACAGCAAAUUAUUAUCCAAAAAACGUAAGGUAGUACAUGAAUGCUCAAUUUGUGGGAUGGAGUUUUCUAUGGGCCAGGCUUUAGGUGGACAUAUGAGACGUCACCGUGCCCCCAUGAGUGAAAUUGAAGGAGUACCUGUUUUCAAGAAGUCCAAUAGUAGCAAGAGAAUAUUAUGCGUGGAUCUUAAUUUAACUCCUGAUGAGAAUGAUGAUUUCCAGUUAUGGCCCACUGCACCUGGUCCUGUUUUGCGAUGCUUUAUCUAAUUUUCCCUCGGACUUCCAUUGAUAUAUAUUGGCCUUUUAGGACUAGAA